GCGGGGCGGGCCGGUCCGCGCCGGGCGGGCCGAGGAGUCUCUGCCCCUUCCUUAAGCGACAACUUUUUGAGCAAACCACGAGGCGGGGGGAGGGGUUUGUCCCGCGGCGAGAGAGGAGGAGGAGGAGGAGGAAGUCAGCGAGGGGAGCGCCGAGGCGGCGGGGGCGCUGCCUGCCUCUCUCGCCGCCCCGCUCCCCCGCCGGGAAACCUCCGUCUCCGCCGAGGGGGGACCCGCCGCCACCUCCGGCCCGGGCCCCAAGCUGGGGCGUCCUGCCUCCCUCCCCCCCUGGGGAGGAGCUCACGGAACUGCUCUGCGGCGCGGGCGGCUCUCGGUCGGCCGCGAUGAGGAUCCGCCUGGCGCGAAGAUGGACGUGGGUCGGCAGAGGCUGCGUGUUUCUUGGGCUCUUGACGGUCGCUUACUUCGUGGUCGAGCUGUCCGUUUCUUCCUUGGGCCCCCCCCUCUCUGGGGGCAGCAUCACCAGCGGGAAGGGGCAGAGGCACUUCUCCGACGGAGCAGGCGAGGCUGUGGAUUUGGCUCGUCCCGUCUAUGACAGAUCGCCGCCUGACUCCUACGCCCCGGGAGAGUGGGGCAAGGCCACUCGCCUGCAGCUGAGUCCUGAGGAGAAGAAACAGGAGGAAGAGCUGAUCGAGAAGUACGCGCUUAAUAUUUACGUGAGUGAUAAAAUCUCUCUCCAUCGGCACAUUGAAGAUAAUCGAAUGAGUGGAUGUAAAACUAAAUCUUACAACUACCGAAGACUGCCCACAACAUCCGUCAUAAUCGCUUUUUACAACGAAGCGUGGUCAACAUUGCUGCGGACAGUACACAGCGUUCUUGAAACAUCUCCUUCAGUUCUUCUGAAAGAAAUUAUAUUAGUUGACGACUUGAGUGAUAAAGUGUAUUUGAAGGCUGACCUUGAAAAAUACAUAAGCAAUCUGAAAAGGGUUCGUUUGAUAAGAACCAACAAACGAGAAGGGUUGGUCCGCGCACGCUUAGUUGGAGCUACCUUUGCUACUGGUGAUGUCCUUACAUUUCUAGACUGUCACUGUGAAUGUGUCUCUGGUUGGUUAGAACCACUGCUUGAGAGGAUUGCUGAGAAUGAGACUGUUAUUAUUUGUCCUGUUAUUGACACUAUUGACUGGAACACUUUUGAAUACUACAUGCAAACAACAGAGCCCAUGAUCGGGGGUUUUGACUGGCGGUUGACGUUUCAGUGGCACUCCGUGCCAAAGCAUGAACGUCUAAGGCGCAAAUCUGAGACUGACCCAAUCAGGUCCCCAACUAUGGCUGGUGGCUUGUUUGCUGUCAGCAAGAAGUAUUUUGAGUACCUGGGUACAUAUGAUAUGGGAAUGGAUGUCUGGGGAGGGGAGAACUUAGAACUAUCAUUUAGGGUUUGGCAGUGUGGAGGCGUACUGGAGAUUCAUCCGUGCUCCCAUGUAGGCCAUGUGUUUCCUAAGCGUGCACCAUAUGCUAGACCGAACUUCCUUCAGAACACAGCGCGUGCUGCUGAGGUGUGGAUGGAUGAGUAUAAAGAACUCUUUUACAACAGAAAUCCUUCAGCAAGAAAAGAAAACCAUGGAGAUGUAUCUGAAAGAAAGCUACUAAGAGAGCGUUUGAAAUGUAACAGUUUUAACUGGUAUUUAAAAAACAUCUUUUCAGAGUUGCAUGUACCAGAAGAUCGUCCUGGCUGGCAUGGUGCUAUCCGCAGCACAGGCAUAUCAUCAGAAUGCCUAGACUAUGCUUUACCAGAACAUAGUCCUACUGAGGCUCACGUUUCUCUCUUUGGAUGCCACGGUCAAGGAGGCAAUCAAUUUUUUGAAUACACAUCAAAUAAGGAGAUUAGAUUUAACUCUGUAACUGAACUAUGUGCUGAAGUCCCUGAACAAAAUGAUUUUGUUGGUAUGAGGAACUGCCCAAAAGAUGGAUCUCCUAUCCCGGAAGAUAUUAUAUGGCAUUUCAAAGACGACGGGACUAUUUAUCAUCCUCAGUCAGGAAAGUGCCUUAGUGCUUAUCGUACAACUGAGGGGCGUCCUGAUGUGCAGAUGAGAACUUGUAAUGCUGCAGAUAAAAAUCAGAUUUGGAAGUUUGAGAAAUAAUGGUUACUGGUAGUAACAAUCAGAUGGACUGUAAUCACCAAGGCUUUUACAUACAUGGGCAAGGGGCAACAUUUGAUUGUGAAUGUCUUCAGAAGUGUCUUUCCUGUAGUGGUGUAGAAACUGUCUACUGAAGUGAACAGUAUGAAAAGCAAAAGUAAAUAAUGGGGGUUAGUUUCUAAAAUAUUAAAGCCCUAAAUCUGGGCUUAUAUUUUUGUAGAGUGUUGAUCCAUUGUUUUCUUAUUUUGGUCUGCCUUAAUUAUGGGAAAACAAAGCCUGUUUAGUGGACUGAAGAGGGUUUUUUUUGUUUUUGGGUUUUUUUAAUACUAAACCUGCAAGGUCAUCUGUUAUGUGGAAGUAAAGAGUUUAUACCUAAGGAAGUAAAAGUUAAGGUUCUUGCAGCAAUAUUAACCAACCUGUUUUGCAGCUGAGUGAUAAUAUGUAUCUAACAUGCUAAAUAAUGCUAUGGUAGCGUGUGGUUGAGUUGGCUUUGAUAUGGAAAGCAGAAUCUGCUUUCUGGAUUCUGUCCUUGGAAUACUGUGUAAUUUUACUGGUGAAUUUUCAUACCCUUAAGGAUUUUUAAGGUGACAACAAACAGUUGUUUUGAGAAGAAGGAAGGUUUUUUUAGUGGAUGGGAAUCAGGGAAUGGUACACUUUUUCUUUUGGCACAAAUACCUUGCAGUCCUGCCCCCGCGCUAGAAUGCUGAUCUGGCAAGGGUGACUCGGGAAUCUUCAUAUGUUUGGAAAUGAGAGGGUAGUAGCAGUGGAAACGAGGAUGUACUACAGGUACUGUGCAUGAGAAGAAGUAAGGAUGGUUAGAAAUAGGAGUUCUGUUAAUGGAAAAGCAAAGAGAGCAUAGACUUGCAUUAGCUACUACUGUUUCUUAGCUAUAUAUUUGUUACUUACAUAGUCUUUGUGUAAGCUUCUUCACGUUAAGCUUGGCUUCCUAGGGAUGCAGAGCUUAUAGAACUGUACCAUGUAUCAAUUUUGCCGGUUCAGAACAAAUUUCGAUUACAUUUUACAAGCACUUGUACAAGUUUUGAAAUGGCAGCAGGUCGAGGAGAGAGACACAAAGGAAAAGUUAGGCUGAUUUGUUUUGCCACAUGUACUGUAUUUUGGCAACAGCUGGCAGGCCCUACAUCAUACGUGGAGCUUUGAAAUAAUUGCAGUAUAUGCUGCUGGUUUCUAGUCAUAGUAGUGUCACAGGAGACUUGGAGGAAGUUGGGGUUGCUGAGGUGAGGGAAACUGAAGAGGCAAAAGACAAAUCUUAGGAAACCAGGGUUUAUUAGGUGGCUCACAGGACAUCUUAAUUUGGACACAUGUAGCAUUAUGUGACCCAUUAUGCAACGUAUUGAAGAAUAUUAGUUCUUGAAUGGUGUCACUAACUCAUUUUCUUGCAUCUGAGUGUGAUUACAGACAGAAGGUGCGAUCAGUAUUUUGUAUACUUCAAAAAAAAAAGAUCAUGUGCUAGUGUCCAUGUUUUUGCCCAUACAUGAUUGAGUUAAACAGUUACCUUAAUGUUGCAGGUAUUCCAGCUUUUUUUGAUUUCAGCAGCCACAAUAAAGUAAAUGUUGACACUGGGCUGGUAGGCAGGAACUUGAGCUGGUGAGCAAAUAGGAUCUGGAAGAACAUAGCAGGUGUUAAGCGUUGGUAGGUAGAAGGGUUACAAGGAAGCAAGUGAGUUCUGAAGUAAGUAAAGAUUUGCCACACAAAGACAAAGCAAGAGUAAGUUAAGAUAUACAUUUGAAUCUGUGUAAUUGGAAAGAGUUCAAAGAUUUGGGUGACUGCUGACAAGCAAGUUAAAACAGGCCAAGAUAGGAGGGGAACACAAGAAAAUUUGGAUCUGGGGAUGUAGUGCUGAAGUAAAAAUGCUUGCCACUGUGUGGCAUGGGUUGUUUUGAGCCUUGGUAACUUAUUUUAAAGAGGUUACUUGCAAUUUGAUUUUUUUUUUCUAAGCUGAUCUGGGGGGAAAAAUUGAACUUCUUUACUAUAUAAGGGAGGCAUUCCCAGAAAAUGCACUUUCCCAAGGAAUUCUUCUGUGGACCCACAAGUUACGAAUCAUUUAUCAAACUUUAAAAGACAGACACCAGUUAUGUACCGGGGCAGCAAAUUAAGCAAAGUAUGUGCUUUUGUGAAAAGCUUGCUGUUAACUGUUAUGUUACAUAGAAACAGCAGGAAAAAGAUGCCGGUACUCUUACCUAGCAGAGUCACCUGCAGUGCAUGCUUCCUCAGAUGAAACUAAUUGAACAGUGUGAAUAUUGACUAUGCAACUUUUUAUACAAUUUUAACUUUUUUAAAAGACUUGGUGAAAACUGUGUUUUGUAUAGAGAGUUACUUACAUGCUAAAUAUGGCAUUCAAAAUGCUAUUUGAGCAAAAAAAUCUAGGCAAACCUGUCUCUUAAAGUCUGAAGACCUCUUCUCUCUGCAUGUAUCUAAACCUUUCCUCCUUCUCCCUACCACAUCCCAUUAUAUUUCUGGUUGUUUAAAAAUAGACAAAGCAGAAGUAAAUGUCCCUAAAAAAGUAUUGUUUCUUCCCAAUGGGAACAAUUUAAAAAAAAAAAAAAAAAAAGUUGUGGUGGAUGGCUGUGGAAACGAGGGGGAGAGAGCGCAAGAGAGAACACGCGUGAGAGAGAGUGGGGAAAGAAAAAAGCUAUCAUUCCAAGUUCAGCCAGCAUUGAACUUAAUUGUAGCAAUGCUACAGAAAUACUUUAAUCCCGUUGUUUUUCAGUGUGUACAGAUUUCUGGAAAAUCUGAAACUCUGGAAGAUUUUAUAUUGUGUUAUACUUCAAGAGUUUGGGAAACAUUUGUAAAUAUUUUAAACUACUGAUUUUUAAGUCACUUAAAAGAAAUUGAAUGUGAAUUCAACACUGAAUAAAUGUGGGAGGGUUUAGGGGUUUCUUUUGGAGAAUAAAAUUCAAAAUGAUAAUUGAA